UCUCGUAUUUGGCACAAUUCAUCAUUUCUAUAUCUCAUCAAUUACAAGUUUUAUAUUCCUUAUCAAUUAAGCUCUUGUCUGCAACAAUGGUGUCUGCUACUGCAAAGAAAACAGUUGCUCCUAAGAAACCCCGAUCUCAUCCUCCUUAUGUUGAGAUGAUAUCAGAAGCAAUAAUGGUGUUGAAGGAAAGAACUGGUUCAAGUCAAGUUGCGAUAGCAAAAUUCAUUGAAGAAAAGCAAAAGGAUUUGCCUACAAAUUUCAGGAAACUCUUGUUAGUUCAAUUGAAGAAACUCGUCGCAUCAGGCAAACUCACUAAAAUCAAAGGCUCUUUCAAGCUUACCCCCGCUGUCAAACCCGCCGCAAAACCUGCCGCAAAGCCCGCCGCAAAGGCCGUUGCUCCGGCGAAGAAGAAAACCACCGCCACCGCAAAGCCAAAAGCAGUGAAGGGUAAAGCAGCAGCGCCGGCGAAGAAAGCGACGAAGAAGACAGUGGCUGCUCCGGCGAAGAAGGUUGUGAAGAAAGCAACUCCGGUGAAGAAAGCUGCGGUUGCUAAAGUGAAGAAAACUACACCGGCGAAGAAGGUUGUGAAGAAGCCUAAAACCAUUAAGGCAACUCCGGCUAAGAAAGCAAAGAAGUGAAGAGAUUAGGUUAAAUUUGUGGUUGAAUUUGUAAAUUGUUUUUACAUUUCUCUAGUGAAGUGAUAUGAAUUUGGCCCUUUUUUUUUUUUUUUAAGUUUGCGUAUUGCUGUUAGUAUUGUUCUCCAUUGUUAGGGUUUGUUUUAGGGGUAUGAUGACAUAUGCUCAUUGUCAUAAUAGGGUUUGAAUGAAUAGUAACAGAUUUGUAUGAUGGAAAUGAAGAACAGUGUUGGUAGUA